AUGAAAAAUUGGUCACAAUUCGGACAAAGAACCAUCAUCGCUUGCAAACCCAGAUUCCCCUUGUCCAGACAGUUCAUGACCACGUGGAUCCAGCCCGAGCCCCAGAAACCAGCCCAGCUGGUGCUAUACAACACAUUUACGCGGUCCAAAGUGCCGUUUGUGCCUACUUCCAACGAGGAGGUUGCCUGGUACAGCUGUGGUCCCACCGUUUAUAACUCCAGCCACAUGGGCCACGCCAGAAAUUAUGUCACCAUCGACAUCAACAGAAGAAUCAUGCAGGACUAUUUUGGCUACAACGUUAGAUUUAUCCAGAACGUGACAGAUAUCGAUGACAAGAUCAUCAUCAAGGCCAGACAAGAGUAUUUGUUUGCCCAGUACAAGAAGUCCCAUACCGAGAUCUCGGCCGAGCUCAAGAAGAACGUGGCCACCGCCUUGCAAGAGUACAUCUCGAAAAACAUCCCCGAAUGGGACGGGUCUGGCUCGUUUGUUGACUGGGCCAAGACCUUGGAUCUGGCAGCUCUGGGUGUGCAAAAGCCCAAAUUGCCUAUGCAUGUGAAGGCCGCCGUUGCCGCAUCCAACGAGUUGCAACACGGAACCGACCUGGAAUCGUUCUUCGCCAACAUCCAGGACGUUCUUGUUCCGAAACUCGACAAGGAGCUCGGAUCCACAGUUACCGACCCAGAGAUCUUCAAAGCGUGCUCGUCGUACUGGGAACGCAAGUUCGACGAGGACAUGGCUGCUCUGAACGUGCUGCCACCAUCGGUGACCACCAGAGUGUCCGAAUACGUCCCGGAGAUCGUGGAGUUUGUGGAGAAGAUUGUGGAGAAAGGCUACGCGUACGCCACACCGGACGGGUCUGUGUAUUUUAAUGUGGCCAAGUUCGACAAGGACCCGGCCCACGAGUACGCCAAGCUGCAGCCGUGGUCCAAAGGUAACAUGGAGCUGAUUGCGGACGGCGAGGGCUCGUUGUCUGCUGCGAACGGCAAACAGAACGCAUCCGAUUUUGCCUUGUGGAAGGCUUCCAAGGCGGGCGAGCCAUCGUGGCCGUCGCCCUGGGGACACGGCCGUCCGGGAUGGCACAUCGAGUGUUCUGUGAUGGCCUCUGAUUUCGUCGGGUCCCAGAUGGAUAUCCAUUCGGGAGGAAUCGACUUGGCCUUCCCGCACCACGACAACGAGCUUGCCCAGUCGGAGGCCCAUUUCGACUGCAAACAGUGGGUCAACUACUUCCUACACACCGGCCAUCUGCAUAUCGAGGGACAGAAGAUGUCCAAGUCGUUGAAGAACUUCAUCACCAUCGAGGAGGCUCUGCAACGGUACUCUUCUCGCCAGCUGCGGCUGUGUUUUGGACUGGUUCAAUGGAACAACUCGCUGGAUUUCAAGGAGAGUCUUUUGAACGAGGUGCGGUCGAUGGAGUCGUCGUUGAGCAAGUUCUUCAAGAACGUGCGUGCGCUCAAGGCCGACAACGACCACCGUCUGGCUUCGGGCGAGGUGAUCUCCAAGAAAUACGGCGUCCACGAGAAACAGCUUGCUGCGGACCUGGAACAGUGCAAGAGAAACGUUCAUGCUGCGUUCUGCGACAAUUUGUCCACUCCGCUGGCUCUGCGUUCGCUGCUGGAGCAGGUCAACAGCGCCAACAACUACAUCAGCUCUGUUGGCGCCGAUUUGAGGGUGGACGUUCUUGUGCAGAGCGCUCUCUACAUCACGCGGAUCCUGUCUGUUGUUGGUUUCGACGUGCGGAAGGACGGACUCGGCUGGGAAGACGAAUCCGGCGCACAAACGGGCUCGAACCUGGAAGAACAGCUGCUGCCGUAUCUCAAGGUGCUCUCGAAUUUCCGGGAUCUGGUGCGGAGUUCUGCGAUCGCCAAAGCCGACUACAAAGUUUUCCUGGAGGCUACGGACACUUUGCGGGACAAGGACCUGCUGAACCUGAACGUGUCGCUUGACGACCGGUCCGGCCAAGGAGCCUUGGUGAAAUUUCUGAACGAGACGGAGAAGCAGGAGCUGCUAAAUCAACAAGAAGAAAGACAACAGCAGCAGCUGGAAAAGGAAAGACGGCGGUUGGAGCAGCUGAAACUGAAAGAAGAAAAGGAAAAAGAACGGCUGGCCAAGGCCCGGAUCGACCCAAAGGAGAUGUUUAAAUCCGACGAGUACAGAAAAGUGUACGAGGAAUGGGACGAGACCGGACUGCCGGUGAAGCUUGUUGGCGGCGAGGAGGUGACCAAGAGCGCCAAAAAGAAGCUGAUCAAGUUGCAGGAGCAGCAGCGCAGGCUGUUUGAGGCGUACCAGAAGAGCCAGACGGUGUAA